AUGGCAGCACGAAUCAAUACGGUACUAGUAAUCGGCGGUACCGCAGGCAUCGGAGAACAGCUUGUGCGUCGCUUCCAUGGGCUCGGCAAGAAGGUCAUUGUUACAGGACGGAACCAAGAAAAGCUCAAAGAGCUGGCCGAGCAACUGAUCGGCCUGGAGACACGGGCGUUCGACAUCACCGACAUCACAUCGCUCACUAGCAACACGCAAGAGAUCCUUGCUUCAUUCCCCACCCUCGAUACCGUCAUUAUCAACGCGGGCAUCCAGAAGUCCUUCAGCCUUUUCGACCCCACCAGCAUCAGUGCCACGUCCAUCGCACUCGAAAUCAGUACAAACCUCACGGCCCCUGCGCUGCUAGUGCAAGCGUUUGCUCCGCAUCUGCUGUCUCUAGCUCUCCAAGGAACACAGACGACAUUAUUCAUCACGAGUUCCAGUCUCGCAUAUGUCCCUCUGGGCUUCUAUCCAACCUAUUGCGCUUCCAAAGCCGGUAUCCACGCAUUAGCCUUAGCCUUACGCCAGCAGCUCGGAUUCCAAGCCGCGGAAGCACAGCGGAAUAUGAGGGUUGUGGAGAUUGUGCCGCCGUAUACGGACACAGGGCUCGAUCGCGAGCAUCGCGAGGCUACGGUCGCUAUGCAGGGUGGGCCCGAGAAGGCGUUCCCCGCAAUGCCGUUGAAUGAAUUUGUAGAUGGCUUUUUUCAGGCGUUGGAGCAGGGGGAUGCAGAUGGCGGGCCAAAGAAAGAGAUUGGGGUCGGGUUUGGCCAGGUCGGUGUGGAUGUUUGGAGGGGCAGUUUGGGUAAGGUGUACGAGGGCUGGGGCCUGUCGACGUAGUAGUCCACCGAGUUGCUCAUACAAAAAAUGCUAUUGGUGAAAUUGUUAGUUGAAUUUC